GUUAGAAUCGAUCAAUUGGCAGAGUAAACAUGAUAGAGCUCUCUGAGCUGACACUUUGAAGCAAGUAGACGCGGAAAGGAAGGAGUGCCUUUACUUCCUUCACAAAAAGACUGAAGUCUGUCAGGCAGCGAGAUUUGAGGACAGUUGGCAGUGAAAUUGAAGGCGGAGGCAUAUCAGGAGACAAACACAUAGUUGGGCGGAUCCGCCAACUUAGUGAACCCACGUCCACAAUUCGGAUCCAGAAUCAGCAGCGGCUAGAUCAAGUAACUUUUGUGAGACAGGAUCGAGAAUCAUCGCGGGACAGAGCCAGAAGUGAAGGAUCUAUUCCAGAAAGGAAGGGAUAAACGAGGCACAGACUGAUUCAGAACUGCCGAACAGAUCAGUGAGCUGGCAAAGUGAGGUUCCUGAAGUGCUGCAAUAUCGAUGAAAGGAGGGAGCUGAAUGAGAAAAUAUUCAAAUAGAACAGGAGAAAGAGAGAGAGAGGCCACCUAUCGGGGUUUACAGUCGAAAGACGAGUUCAGUGCAAGACAUGCAUGAUGUGACUGAAUCCCAGGUAGUUGUAAAGUCUGAAGUCAAACCUUUGCAAGCUGAGAAAUGGAAAACAUCAUGAAUGGAUCUGAAUUUGUCAUUUUGGAGAAAGGUGUCACUAUAAUGGAUAUCAUUGAUCAAAAGAUCAAAGAGCAAAUGCUUAGGGAGAACACAGAUGCUUUCUCUGUUGCUGAUCUGGGUGAUCUUGUACAUCAGCAUCUGCGAUGGCAGAAGGCUCUGCCCCGAGUGAAACCUUUCUACGCUGUGAAAUGUAACAACAGCAAACCAGUGGCUCAGAUUCUUGCUCAAAUGGGACUCGGCUUUGACUGUGCCAGUAAGAAUGAAAUUGCGACAAUAUUAGAUAUUGGUGUACCGGCAGAGAGAAUCAUUUAUGCAAAUCCCUGCAAGGAGGUCUCUCAUAUUAAAUAUGCUGUGAGCCGUGGAGUGCAGAUGAUGACAUUUGAUAACAAAGAUGAACUGCUCAAAGUUGCAAUGAUCUAUCCAACUGCCAAAAUGGUUGUGCGCAUUGCUGUAAAUGACUUUACAUCCCAUUCGCCCUUGAGUGAAAAGUUUGGAGCAUCACUAAGUGAGUGCAGACUGCUAAUGGAAUAUGCAAAGGCUUUGAAUUUGGACAUCAUUGGUGUUAGUUUUCAUGUUGGAAGUGGCUGUACUGAUCCAAAGAUUUUUGCUCAGGCUAUAGCUGAUGCACAUGUUGUCUUUGAUAUUGGGAUUCAUCUUGGAUUUCAGAUGUAUUUACUUGAUAUUGGCGGUGGUUUUCCAGGAAUUGCAGAAGACAAAGUUACAUUUGAAGAGGUAGCAGCUGAGAUCAAUCCUGCAUUGGACAUUUAUUUUCCUGACAAAACUGAAGUACAGAUAAUCGCUGAACCAGGCCGUUAUUAUGUGACCUCAUCUUUCACACUGGUUGUAAAUAUCAUCGCUAGAAAAAUAAUUGAAAAUUCUCACGCCAGCUCCAAUGAUGAGGAGGCCGGAAAUGAGAAGACCAUGAUGUAUUAUUUAAAUGACGGAGUAUAUGGUUCUUUCAAUAACUUUGCAAAAUAUCGUGAACUAUUGAAGCCAACCUUCUAUGAAAAACACUCCCUUGACCAAAAGCUGUAUAACACCAGGAUUUGGGGACCCACCUGUGAUGCAUGGGAUCAUAUUUCCGAUACUUGGAAGCUGCCUGAACUGGAGAUUGGAGACUGGUUGCUCUUUCGAAACAAUGGAGCAUACACCAUCAGCACCUCAACCAUGUUCAAUGGUUUUCAUGCAGUCCCAACACACUAUGCUAUAUCAGAGGAUGCCUGGGAAACCCUUCAGAAUAUAAAGAAAGAAAUACAAUUUCCAGUGGAAGAACAGGAUGGCGUAGACCCUCAACAUCUGGUCAUCAGACAAUAAGAUUUAGGAUCGAAGCAGCCAUUUGGUCCAUCAUGGCUGCUUUAUCACUUACUGCGAUCAAGACUAAACGGAUAAUCCUUAACUGCAUUUACCUGCAUUUUUCCGAAAAUCAUUGUCUCCCUUAUUGACUAAAAUUUGUCUUUCCCAGCCUUCAACACUCUUAAUUUUCCAGCCUGUGAUAAAGAAUUCCACAAAUUCACUCCCCUUUGACAAAACAAAUUCCUCCUCAUCCCUGUUUUAAAUAUAUGUCCCAUAGUCUGAGAUUAUGCCCUCUGUUCCCAGAAUCUCCCACAAGGGAAAACAACCUUUUUACAUUUCCCGUGUCAAGUCAGCUAAAGAACUUUGUUUAAAUAAGGCCGCACUCCUUCUUCUAAUCUCCAAUAAGUACAGACUCAAUGUACUCAAUCUGUGACCCCUCCAUACCUGCAAUAAGCGUAGUGAAUGUCUGCACUGCCUCCAAUGCCAUGGUAUAUUUCCUUAGAUAAGGGUAUCAAAACUGUUCAGAGUAUUCUAGGUGUGGUCUGUACUGUUUUAACAAGAAUUCUCUCUUUUGAAACAGUGAUGCAAAUCCCUUUUAUCAUCAAUAUGAAUGAUAAAAAUAACUCUGAUUCUUCCAACAUUUGUAUAAACAGACAACAUAUUCAGCUUGGCUUGAAUUUACACCUUGUUAAUAUACUGGAUGAAAUUACUAAUAAUGUUAAAUGUUUAGCUUCUUUGUUAUGACAAUUUUUCACUUUGAGUUUUACCUUCCAGAUGAAU